AUGUCACGCCGAAAGCAAGCGAACCCCCAGCAUCUCGCGUCGGAGAAGGCAGCUGCGCUCAUGCAAGUUUCGACAAAUGAAGGCCUCUUGAAGGGAUCUGAUCAGGAGAGUGGAGAAAGCAGCGACAGAGAGCCGACACACGCUUCCAAGACUUCCUGUGUGGAUCUUCCCCGAUGGGCCCACCACCUGUUUGAACGUCCUCCCCCAGCCCCCACCACAGGAGACCCUCCCGCCCUCAUCAUGCAAGAGGAUGUCGGACCGCCUGAGCCUCUAGAGGACCCACAGAUUUCAGCCAGUCUGUCCAAUCGGCUGUCAAACGACGGCAUGGACACACCAGCUGAAGAGACCAAACCAGCUGAACAAACCCACAAGAGCUCAGUGGAGCCAGUGGCGAGCACUGAGGAGAAAGUCUGCAGCACACAGGAUGUGGUGCUGAAAGCAGAACCACCACAGGCGUACCUGGAGGGCGCACCUGCAAAAUGUCCCUAUUUGGCAGUGCUGCCCAGUACAGUAGGCCAUCUAGCUCAGCCCCACUCCCUGUGCCCUUCCCCCAUGACAGCAUGCUACGGUGGCAUUCCCAGCACCAACGUCACUCUGGAGAUCCUGCAGAGCACCAGGGUGGCGGUGGCCCAGUUCUCGCAAGGCCUCCACCACUCCAACGGUCCACUCAGGGAUGGUGGAGGAGGGGAGAGGGCUGCCGGCGGCACCGCUGGCCAACUCCCCACGAUUUUGGACAACUUGCUGGACCUGCAGCAGCAGCAGAUCCAACAGCUGCGGCUCAUUGAGCUGAUCCGGCACCAAGUGGCCCUGUUGAACAAGCAAGCGCCACCUGCUGCGGAGGUGACCCAGAGCAUGACCCCAAAAGGGUUGGUGUCCCACGUGUCUGGUCCGCGGCACCUGCAGGCAGUGCUGAACCAGCCCGUGUUCCCCCUCCUGGGCCUGUUGCCUCCGACGGCUGUGAAUGGGCAGGUUCCCGGGAUGGAGGGGGCGGUGAUGUCCCCGCUCUCUUUGCAUCCCAUGAAGGCCCAGGAGCAAUCAGGAAUCAGAUCCAUGGUCUCCUUGCCCAGUUCCAACCGCUUGCCCCCCUCUGUUCAAAGCAUGGGCGCUUCAUCUGCAUUGCCCCCAUACAAUGGCAGCGUAACCCCAGUCACUGGAAUGCAGCCAAGCGGCUCCGCAGGUGCGCCGUCUUUGCAGGCAAACAAUGUCCAGGGUAGUCACCAUCAUCAUCAUCAACCGUCCAGCCUCCCCCUGCUCCCACCGAGCCCGCCCGGAGGAAUCAUUUUCCCCAAUCCCUUGGCGAGCAUUAUGGCCACGACCAAUGCGCUGGAUCCCCUGGGUGCUCUCAUGAAGCAUCGAAAAGGCAAGCUCUCCAAUGUCUCCGUUUUUGACGGCAGCGGCAGCGGCAGCAGCAGCAGCGGCAGCAGCAAGCCGAGCUCAGAUGACGCCUUCUUCAAGCACAGGUGCAGGUUCUGUGCCAAGGUUUUUGGCAGCGACAGCGCCCUGCAGAUCCACCUGCGCUCCCACACGGGCGAGAGGCCUUUUAAGUGUAACAUAUGCGGCAACCGCUUCUCCACCAAGGGAAACCUGAAGGUCCACUUUCAACGGCACAAAGACAAAUACCCCAACGUUCAGAUGAACCCAUACCCCGUGCCCGAGUACUUAGACAAUGUACCCACGAGCUCUGGAAUUCCAUACGGGAUGUCUGUUCUUCCAGAUAAAGCUUCAACUACAUGGCUGGACAGCAGGCCUUUGGCACUGCACGCACAAGGUUCAGCUGGUCUUCGUCUGCCCCCAAAUUUUAAUCUUAAUAAUAGCGGAGGGAAGUCAACUGAUUCCCUGAGCACUGCCUCCUCUGCAGGCUCCCCAACGAAAGCCUCCAGUGCCCCAAGUGAAUGCACGUCCCAGUCUCCUACUUCUACGGAGCUCAGGAAAGCCAUGGUGGAUACAGCGUCAACCAUGUCGUAUGGCCACUUAGCAGAGUCUGCUUUAAGCAAUUUGGAUCAUCGGUCAUCAGAGAAAUUUCACUCACAAAAUGACCUAACAGCAACAAGAACAACACACAUUCCAAAUGCAAGCACAACAACAGCCUCACUGGAGCCAUCUCCCACCAUACAGCCUUCCUCUCCCAUGUCUUCCGCACAGUCUUUCAGCUCAGAUCAGACGCACAACAGCAGACUUCAUCCAGAACUAGAUGCGAUGGAAGCCUCCGAGACGUUCAAGCUUCAGCAGCUGGUGGAGAACAUCGACAAAAACCCGACGACAGACCCCAACGAGUGCGUGAUCUGCCACCGGGUGCUCAGCUGUCAGAACGCACUGAAGAUGCACUACCGCAUCCACACGGGCGAGAGGCCGUUCAAGUGCAAAGUGUGCGGCCGGGCGUUCUCCACCAAGGGCAACCUGAAGACCCACUUCGGGGUGCACCGCGCCAGGCCUCCGCUCUGGGUCCAGCACUCGUGUCCGAUAUGCCAGAAGAAGUUCACCAACGCCGUGGUGCUGCAGCAGCACAUUCGCAUGCACAUGGUGGGGAGCCUGCCCAACGCGCCCCAGACUGAGGGCCGCCCGCAAGAUAUGGACACAGAGCUGUCAUUUGACGAAAACAGCUUAGACAGCGUGAAUAAUUACGACGAGGAUGACGGUCAAGAGGAUGACUCCAUUGAGAUAGAUGAUGAACAAAGCGAGGAUGACAAGCUGAACCUACAAGCGGACUCCACCUUGGGGUCUUUUGGGCACGAGUCUGACACAUCAGACAAGGCUGAUCUUUCAUUUCAGCCUGUGGUGGCGCAAAGUGGACCUGUGGUGGCUCAUGACUUCCUUGCCCAUCAUUUUUUAAACUUUGAUAAUCCAGAGCGGCACAGAGAGAAGGAAGCCGGGGCACCUGACUCCUCAGAUUCUAAACCUGUCUCCUUAUCCCCAAUUCACGAUGAUGACACCAACACAUCUCUACAGAUCGCAUCUAUAGCGAACAAAAGUGCUUCACCAAGGCAUGGCGCUGACAAUGGCAGUGAUUGCAGAAGUAAACUUGAAAACGGCCUAACUAUUGUUAAAGAGGAGAUCCCAGAUGGCAUGCUGUACUCAAGUAGAGAGCAAGGAAUCCGUGGUUGCAUCAGUCUACUGAAUAACACCACAGAGAGUAAAAUGGAUCUACAUGUACCGGGGACGAACAGUUCACCACCCACUGGAAGAGACACGCCCAACAUGAAGCACAUCCAUAGUGGUCUCCUCCACUCCCCUACUCAAGGCUUCCCGCCAUCGUUGGCUAAGCUUGAGUUCGCAUCACAUCUACCUGGGCCUGUACAACCAGUCCGCACACCAAAACAGCACAUAUGUCAGACCUGUGCAAAGACCUUCUCGUCCGCCAGUGCACUGCAGAUUCACCGACGUACCCAUACGGGAGAGAAGCCUUUCAGCUGCUCUGUCUGUGGCAGGGCUUUCACCACCAAGGGCAAUCUCAAGGUGCACAUGGGGACCCACAUGUGGAACUCCAUGCCCCCUCGCAGAGGUCGACGCCUUUCUCUCGACACCUCGGUGGCCUUGCUGGGAUCCGAGGCCCUCAAGCUGACCGAGGGCUUCCAGAAGGACAUGGCGGCCAGGGCGAUGAGCGUGGACCCAGGGUUCUGGAACCACUACGCUGCAGCUAUCACCAACAGCAUGGCCAUGAAAGGGAACGAGAUCUCCGUCAUUCACAAUGGCGGCGCUCCUCCUACGCAUCAUGCACAGUCACAUCACCCACACCACCAAGGGGUCGUCACUAUGGGCAUGGAGAGGGUGAACAAUUCAGGACACAGUAGUGACACCAAUGACAGUCCAGUUGGACAGCACUUUCCGGCGAUGCUUAUGGACACCAGCAAAGAGAACUGCAUCAAUUAGUACUAUUCAGUGAUGGACAACCUAGAAUAAUGAGUUAUGUUCAGUCCAGUGCC